AUGUCAGAUCAAUUAGUUGCCCCACCACCUGAACAUUGUCCAGGUACUCAAUCUGAAAUGAGUGGAAAAUCAGCAGCUUGUGCAGGUUGUCCCAAUCAACAAAUUUGUGCAGCACCAAAGGGACCAGAUCCAGAUUUAGUAGAAAUUGAAGAAAGAAUGAAAAGCGUAAAACAUAAAAUAUUAGUAUUAUCAGGUAAAGGUGGAGUUGGAAAGAGUACAUUUUCAUCACAAUUAAGUUUUGCAUUAGCAAUGAAUACAGAGGAACAAGUUGGGUUAUUGGAUAUUGAUAUUUGUGGACCAAGUAUUCCAAAGAUUAUGGGAUUGGAAGGCGAGGUAAUUCAUAUUAGUGGUCAAGGAUGGGAUCCAGUAUAUGUUGAGGAUAAUUUAGCAGUAAUGUCAGUUGGUUUUCUUUUAGAUAAAGAGGAAGAUGCAGUAAUUUGGAGAGGUCCAAAGAAAAAUGGUUUAAUUAAGCAAUUCUUAAAAGAUGUUUAUUGGAACGAAUUAGAUUAUUUAGUUGUUGAUACCCCACCAGGUACCUCAGAUGAACAUCUUUCAAUUGUACAAUAUUUAAAAACAAGUAAUAUAGAUGGUGCUGUAAUUAUUACCUCUCCACAAGAUGUUGCUUUAAUCGAUGUCAGAAAAGAAAUUAAUUUUUGUAAAAAAGUAGGUGUACCAAUUAUUGGCGUUGUCGAAAAUAUGUCUGGUUUUGUUUGUCCAAAAUGUAAUAAAGAAUCUCAAAUUUUCAUUCCAACUACUGGUGGCGCUGAACAAAUGUCAAAAGAUAUGAACGUACCAUUCUUGGGUCGUAUUCCAAUCGAUCCUUUAAUUGCUCGUUCUUGUGAUGAAGGUAAAAGUUAUUUAAUUUCUCAUCCAGAUUCUGAAGCCACAAAACAAUAUAAUAUAGUUUUUAAUAGUAAGUAUAGAUAUAGGAAAAAAAAGAAAACCACAAAUUACUAA